UCGCGAAGCUACGUGUUCGUCUGAGUCGCGUAGCCAUGUCCAAGUUACGUGGCUACAAAGAAAGUUAUGUGAAGUUUGGCUUUGUCAAUAUCGGCGGCAAACCGCAAUGCGUUUUGUGCGGUGAAGUACUCGCUCUAAGCUCCAUGGUGCCGACGAAGUUGACACGCCAUCUCCGGACAAAGCAUCCAAGCUACCAAGACAAGGACAUAGAGUUCUUCGAAACCAAGAAACGACAGUUGGAAUCCCAAAAGCUGGAUAAUCCAAACAAGGUGAGGUCGAAAUUAUCAUAACACAGUUUUAUGUUAGUUGCGCAUACGAUGUUCGCUGCGGCAGCGAGCCUCGAUCGGUCGCCAAAUGCUUGUUCGACGUGCUUUACGUUAGUUGCGCAUACGAGGUUCGCGGCAACCGCGACCCUCGAUAUGCAUUAUGUUCGCUGUGCGUAGGCUGAUCGGCGAGGCUCCUGCCUCACGGUUAGCUGGCAGAUUUUGUUGGUUCGCUUUAGUGCAUGUGCCAUCGACUUUCCACAUGUAUACAACGCGUCGCAGGGUGGGGAAGGCGACCGGUUAAGGCACCAGUUUUAGACUGUCGAUGCAGUGUUUGUAGGUUCGGUUCAGCGUACAAAGUUAGACUUUCGUUUCAGCUGGCAAACUCUGCAGAUGCUAUCAAGGCAAGCUACAUGCUCAGCUACCACGUGGCCAAACAGAUGAAGCCUCACACCAUCUGCGAGACUCUGCUUAUGCCCUGCAUGAAGGACGUCGUCGGUGCUGUCAUAGGGAAAGAGCAUGUGAAAAAACUGGACAAAAUACCGUGCUCGAACGACACCGUGGCACGGAGAAUUAGAGAAAUGGCGUCUGAUGUGCAGGACCAAGUAAUUGAUAAAUUGAAGUCCGCUGGGAAGUUUUCCCUCGCCGUCGAUGAAAGCUGCGACGUGUUCGGGAGUCCACAGCUUAUAGUGUUUGUGCGCUUUGUGAAUAACUCUGUCAUUGCCGAAGAACUUCUUUGCUGUCUGGAACUCGAGACCACAACGAGAGGUCAAGAUAUUUUCGAUGCCAUUAACAAUUUUUUUGUUUCGCGCGGUCUUCAUUGGGACAUGUGUGUAGCUGUGUGCACCAACGACGCUCGAGCCAUGGUUGGAAACUCUGUAGGUUUUUUAGGACUCGUUAAGAAAGUGAACAGUGCAGUAGCGUUCACACACUGUAUGCUUCAUAGGGAAGCUUUGGCAUCAAAGGAGUUGAGUCCAGAGCUUGCGAGUGUUAUGCAACAUGUUGUCAAAGUCGUGAACAGUGUAAAGGCAAGGCCUAAGGCCAGUCGCCUCUUCAAGGUACUGUGCGAGGAGAUGGGUGCCGAGCACCAACACCUGCUCCUGCACACCGAGGUGCGUUGGUUGUCGCGCGGAAAAGUGCUCGCAAGGGUGUUCGAGCUUAGAGAGGAGCUGAGUCUUUUUUUGGCAGAAGAUAGGGCACUCGGAGAUCCUUUUCAGGACUCUUCUUUUGUGGCAAAGCUUGCUUAUCUGUGUGACCUGUUUGAGCACCUGAACCAUCUUAACAGCAGCAUGCAGGGGAUGGGCACUAAUGUUGUCUCUUCUGGGGACAAGGUGAGAGGCUUUUGUAAAAAGCUUCAAAGUUGGUUGAGCCAGGGAACAGAGGCGACUAUUCUUCUUUUAAGCUGCUCGGUGGUCUUGCAGGCUCUGGGGUAGUAUCUGGAAGUGACAGAGCCACAAUCACAGCCCAUCUGAGCACAUUAAGGUGCCACAUUAAGGACUACUUCCCAGAAUCUGCCCCAGACACAUGGCUUGUGGCCCCUUUUGAGGCUGACGUAGCUUGCUUUACAUAUGAAUGUGUCGAAGCUGAAAAUGAGCUGAUGGAGCUCCAGGAAAACACAGUGAUGAAGGCAAAGUUUGCCACUGUGAGCCUUGAGGCAUUUUGGUUGGGGACUGCAGAAAUGUUCCCCCUUCUCCAUGAUAUGGCUGUAAAGCUUCUGUUGCAGUUUUCUACGACGUAUGCAUGCGAGCAUGCUUUUUCCAGACUUGCAUACUUGAAAAGUAAAUACCGAAACAGGUUGAAUGUGGCUGCAGAUAUGCAACUCUGUUUAAGCGCGACUGUGCCACGUAUUGAUGAACUGUCCAAAAUGAAGUGAUGUGGCACGUUUGUUUGAUGUUUUUGGUAGCAAUAAAAGGCACCUCACUUCGAAUAUUCGAACGAAUAAUACAGUAUUCGAAUUCGCUUCGAUUCGAAUUUAAAUUAUUGAAAAUUUCGAAGUAUUCGAAAUGAACGAAUAGGUGUAUAUUAGUCCGCU